AUGGGCUUCGCAAGGCCUCAGAGCUGCCCGGACCCGGCCGUGGGGACGGUCGAGGACGCUGGGCCGGAUGAGCCCCCGCUCCUGCCUCAUACCAUCCCCGAACACUUCGCGAGGGUCGUGUCCGAGAAUGGUGACAGGCCGGCAGUCAUCUGCCGCGACCCGACAACCACGGCUGUCACUGGCCAAGAGACAACCCUCAGCUUUGCCGCCCUCGACGCCGUAUCCAACACACUGGCCCAAUCCCUUAGGUCGGCCGGCGUCAAGAAGGGCGACAGGGUGGCUGUCAAGCUCGGAAAUACGGCAGAGCACGCGGCCCUGACGUACGCCGUCUCCAAGCUGGGCGCUAUUCUGGUGCCGCUGAACCCGACCUUUAACUCCUCGCAGGUCGCUGCCGCCCUGUCGCACCUGAGCGUCGAGGUCUUCGUCGCCGCCGCAGUCACGGACCGCGCCUACAAGCCCUGCCAGGGGCGGAGCAACCUGGACCUUCUCAGGAGCCUAGUCCCGGACCUGGAGUCGGGGCGCCUUGAGAGCCCAGUCGUGCCCACGCUGAGGAAGGUGGUGGUGGUGGACAACACAUCGUCCCACCCUGCCGUGGAUUUCCGCCUGCCCGACUACCCGUCCUUGACUCCGUACACGGCGCUUGCCCCGUCCUUGCCGUCCUUGUCGUCCUUGUCGCUGAGCAGCACCCGCCCCGUCGUGCCCGAUUCCCCACUACACGCCCAGGACUGUAUUAAUAUCCAGUUCACGUCCGGGACGACGUCGCAUCCCAAGGCCGCCAUGCUCACGCAUACCGGCAUUCUCAACAAUGGCUACCUGAUUGCCCAACGUAUGGGCCUAACGCCGUCCGACCUGAUCGUCUGCCCACCGCCACUGUUCCACUGCUUCGGCUGUGUCCUCGGCUACAUGGCUACUGCUACUAGCGGCGCGUCCAUUCUGUUUCCGUCGCCGGCGUUCGACCCUUUUGCCAGCUUAAAGAUGGCAGCCGACCACCGUGCAACCGGCCUGUACGGGGUGGCAACCAUGUUCGUGUCGAUGCUCGAGCAGCUCGACAAGAAGACCCGGCUCGCGCCCGAGGAGGCUUCGCGGCUGCCCACGCACCUGCGCAAGGGCAUCGCAGCCGGGUCGUCGGUCCCCGAGUCGCUGAUGCGCAAGCUCUACGAUAGGCUUGGCCUGGAUGAGCUAGUCAUCUGCUACGGCAUGACCGAGACCAGCCCCGUGUCGUGCAUGACGGCGCCGAGCGACCCCUUGGACAAGCGGACGGCCACCAUCGGCAAGGUGAUGCCGCACACGCGCAUCAAGAUCGUCGACCCGGCGGACAGGAGCAGGAUCGUGCCGAUCGGCGAGCGGGGUGAGCUGGCCACGAGUGGGUAUCUCGUCAUGCAAGGCUAUUGGGGCGAUGAGGAAAAGACAAAGGAGGUCCGCAUACUGGAGCCGGACGUUGACACCGGCAGGGCGGACAGCCCAGAUGCUACGGGGGAGCCUGCGGUCGGGCAGAACGGCAACGGGGGUCCAGGGACCGGGCGCUGGUGGAUGUACAGCGGCGACGAGGCGAGCAUGACUGCGGACGGUUACGUCUCGAUUACUGGACGCAUCAAGGACCUGAUUAUCCGAGGCGGUGAGAAUAUCCACCCGCUCGAGGUCGAGAACGCGCUGUUCCAGCACCCGCUGGUGGCUGAGGCGUCGGUUGUUGGUGUGCCGGACGCAAAGCACGGCGAGGCCGUCUGCGCCUUCAUCGUGCCGCGCGCCGGCGUCGCCACCGAAGAUGACCCAACUUUUGGCGAGGACGGCUUCGCUCGCUCCGAGAGCCAGGGCCUGCCGCUGCUGCGCAAGGACGAUGUACGCGCCUGGGUGCGCGGCAGGCUCUCGAGCCACCUCGUCCCCAAAUACGUCUUCUGGACGGACGAUUACCCCAAGACGGCCAGCGGGAAGAUCCAGAAGUACAAGCUCCGCGAUGCGGCACGGGACUUGAUCCACAUCCACACAGGGCCGGGCAGUGUGGACGAAAAAUACGAGGCUGUUUUGGAGAAGCAGAUUGGUGGUAAGGAGGGUGGACGGUCAUCUUGGGAGAAGUAG